GAUCGGCAGCUAGCGUGGGACCCGUGCAACAGGCCAAAAGCAGGCUGUCGACAAGCAUUUCAGAAGAUGAAAUGACAGAGACAUGACAUCGCUGUGGUUCAGGAUCAACGCCUUCACCUCCAGGUCAACUCUGGUUUGACAUUAUUUGUGUAACGCUACAACAAUAAAAGGAAGCAGCACAGGCAUUACCAUGGAGGGGAAGACUUUUAUUUUUGUGAUCUUAUCAGGACUGUGUUUCCUUCCUGCCUGUUUUUGCCGUAUCUACGUUGUUGUUGAAGUGGGAAAGAACUGGUCUGAUGCCCAAAGCUACUGCAGGUCGAAGUACACCGACCUGGCCACGGCUGAAAACAAGGAAGAGUCUGAUCAGCUGGUGGCCGCUGCAAAACAAUUCUAUAAUCGUCAGUUAUGGAUGGGACUGUAUGAUGACAUUCACAGCUGGAGGUGUUCGCUGCAGAAGGAGGGAUAUUAUGGUGAAGGAGAGGCAGAGUUCAGGAUGUGGAACAGUGGUGAACCCAAUAACUUUGGGGGAUAUGAAGACUGUGUACAAAUGUUGGCUGAUGGCACAUGGAAUGAUUGGUCUUGCAAAUCUACAUUCCAGUUUGUCUGCUACAAUGAAACAGUGACCUCUUCCAGCUUCAUCUUUGUGAAUGACCUGAAGACCUGGAGCGAGGCUCAGAGCUACUGCAGGGAGCACUACACUGACCUGGCCAGUGUGAGGAACCGAACUGAGAUUGCCCAGAUAAACAAGCUGGCCCAGAACCAAAUCAUAUGGAUCGGCCUCUACAGAGACUCCUGGAAGUGGUCAGAUGGGAGCCCCACUUCAUGGAUGGUGCCAUUUAUACCACCUGGCAACAUCAAUAGUCCCUGUGUGUAUUUAAAUGCAGGGCAGUGGGUCAGCUACCAAUGUGAUGCCACAUUUUACUUCAUUUGUGAAAUUGAUGUUUCAGCAACACAGCAGUUGAUGAGGGUGAAAAUAACUGACAAGGGUUCCUCUGUGAACCUGGAGGAUGCAGCGGAAGCCAUGUUGCAGCAGUUCCGUCAGACACUGAGUGAUAACAUGAAGCUGACAUGGAGGAAGCAGCCUGAUGGAAAGAUCUUCCACUUGGAAGAAAAAGAAAAGAAGGAGAACCAGGAGAUCAGCUGCAACCUGAACUGAUGUUUUUUCCUUUUCUUUAUAUUUGGUCAGUUUUAUGUGGAAUUUUCAGUGAACUGAGAGAUUCAAAUUGUUACAUUGACAAGAUGUGACAUGUAGACACUUUUCAUUUUCAUUACACACAAGUUUGAAUCACAUUUCUGCAUAACUCGUAUCAGGGGUAAAGUUCUGGUAAUUUGUGCCCAUACAUUAAUAACUUGUGUGCAUAUAUAAGUAAUUUGCAACUAAUUAAUUAUGUGAACCAGCGUUGGACUCGUUCAUGUAAGACAGAGUAGUUCAUACGCUUGACUGAUAAAGGAAAAUGAUUCAUUCGUUACAUUAGGCUUCAUGAUGAAAGACAGCUUUUGUUUUAUGUCGGAACUUCUGUCCAAAUUCACAAACUCUCUCUCAGUUAGCAGUGAGGCUAACAUGAAUGAGAUCAAAUUUCAAAGUGGAUUACGUUCUGCAUGGUUUCCUUUCCUGUGAAUGCCCUGUGGACAGGUAGGACAUUUCAAAUCCAACAUUUAACUGAUAGACUCCGCCAUCAACAAUGAAAACUACUACGAGGAAUAAAUACAGACUGCAAAUAUAUUUAAUGUCUAUUGUUGAAAAAAUGCUCACUAUAAGUGGUACUAAAAGUGGGGGUUGAGUUCAUGAAAUUCUUAAGGACUUUAAUUUUAAACUCAACAGAAAUACAAAUUACAGUCUCAGAACAUGGUCUCACUGAUCCCUAUAACUACUACCAAAUUGCAUUGCUCUUUCUAUGAACAUGAAUUAAUGAAUGAAUUAACAGGCCUGUGAUAUAAACUGUUCACAUGUUUGGAUGGAAAAACACCACGCAGUCAAAAAUAAUUCCUUUAACAUCAAUAAGCGAAAAUAUAGUAUAUGUUAGAAUGCUGCUACACUGAAAUAGAUAUAUUGUAAUUUUCACCAUGUAGAAGUAGCAUAGUUUUAGCUUGUGGAAUUAAUUUUUCCAGAAUCCCCCAAAAUGUGUGUAUGUGUUAUUGAAUACUGGGAUUUCAGGUUGUACUCUGUACCAGUGUCUUGAUUAUAAAAUAAAAUUGUAGGAAUUCCUAUUGUGCUCUCCCAACACUAGAAAGCAUGUUCCUACUGUACAUAAAGAGGAUUAGCCCGCAGCUGUUUUGUAGUCCUACGUCAACACAUUAAAACAGCAGUUGGUAACAAUUGAACAUCCAAUACAAAC